ACUUCACCCUUCUACUUUUUACUCUUCACCUUUACCAGCUCGUUUGUUUCAUCGCACAAGUUCAACAAUUCACUUGGGGUUCAAUUGUUCCGCCCCGUACAAUACGCUCACUAGCGGCGCAGCGGGCGCCAUAAAAGCCGCCCGCUGCCACCAUGCUAUCCUUCCAAUUAACCUCCCUUGAUUUGCUUUCUGAAUACCUUCAAUCUUGAAAGUUUUUUCCACUGGCUAUUGGUUCUCGCCAAUUAUCGGAAUUUCUGAUUGAAUCAUUCUGUUCCAAGUUUCAUCAAACCAUGGCGGAAGGUCUAACGGCUUCCACACUGGCGGAGGCUUCCUCCGAGCCAGGCUUAAAGGCUCAGCAACCUGCUACCAACGCCAACGCUGUUGGCGAGAAGGAUGGUUCCAACAGCCUUACUGCCUCCGAAACUGCCCAUGGUGGAGAGCAGACGGACUCCAAGACUAGUAAAGAACUGAAGGCCAGUGCAUCCAGCUUGAAGGCUUACCCGUCAAUCGAAGUGACGGAUGGUGAAAACCAAGGAUCGAAUGAGAGCCUGAAGAAGCGAACUGUUCCCGAUGAGAAUGUUGGGAAAUCUCUAUCUAGCAAGAGGGCCAAGGAUGAGCCGAAGACACCCGUGAAGCCAGGAACACCCAUCUCGCCACGCUUUCCCAGUCCGCCCGAGGAGCGAGCAUCUGAUCAUGACAAAGAAAAGUGGGAGGGAUGGUGCGAGAUUGAAUCUGACCCCGCCUACAUGUCUGCCAUGAUCCGCAUGAUGGGCGUCAAGGGAGUCAGCGUGCGCCAAGUCUUCCUUAUCGAUGCCGACGAGAUGAAGGCUCUACCCCAUCCGAUCUAUGGCCUCAUCUUUCUGUUCCGUUACCGAGAUUCCGAGGACGCUGAACAGCAAGAAAAGACAUGUCCUGACAACGUCUGGUUCGCCAACCAAAUGCCUGCCCAGAACAGCUGUGCGACCCUCGCCAUCAUGAACAUCCUGAUGAAUGCUCACGGAGUUGAGCUCGGGGAGAAUCUUCAACAGUUCAAGGAAUUCUCGAGCGAGCUUAGUCCAUAUCUGCGCGGUGAAGCAUUCGCCAGCUUCCGCUUUGUAAAGCGCAUCCACAACUCGUUUGCAAAGAAAAUGGACAUGCUCGAGGACGACAAGAAUCUGGCUCACAAGGUGGAGAAAAAUAAGUCCAGUGGCAGACGCAAGUCCCAUGACUCCAAUGCAUCCGAGGGUAGCGGGUUCAGCGAGGAGAACGCCCAUCAUUUCAUCGCCUUUCUCCCCAUUGAUGGUCAAGUUUGGAAGCUGGACGGCAUGGAUUAUCAACCCACCAACCUAGGCCCCUACGACAUUACCAAUCCGGACUCUUGGUUGGAGAUUGCUUCGACCCGCAUGAUGGCGCUCAUGGCAGCUGCGGGCGAUCAGGACUAUAGCGUCUUGUCUGUAGUCCAAUCGCCAGUCGUCGGGUUGCGAUCCACACUUCUCGGGAACUUCGCCUCUGUCAAGUCCAUUGAGACUCGACUCGACAGUACGAACGAAGAUUGGCGCUCCUUUCUGGUCUCGGAUGGAACCGACCCAAUGUCCGUGCCGAUUACACCUAGUUGGCUCGAUUCAUUGGGUAUAACCCAGGAGCAGCUGUCCACGAUGGAACUGUCGCCUACCGCCAAGGGGAAGCUAGACCACCCACAGAUGGAGAUGCUGAUUGCGCGCCGCGAGCGCCUAGUGAAGGAUCAGGAGAGGCUUGCACAGAGGAUCAUGGAGGAAAUGGAGGUGGAGGCGGCGGAGGAUGAGAAUGCUAACGAGCGCCAAUGGGAUUACGGUCCUGUGAUACAGAAGUGGCUGGAGAUGCUGGCCAACAACGGCUACCUCCAAGAGAACCUCGAGAGGUUCAUGAAGAAGUGAGGGUCCAAUAUCUCGGCAUGGCCGGCUUUGGUCAUCUUGAUACUCAGUUCGCGGAUGCUUGGCGGCGAUGAUUGGUACCAUACUCUGGCAAAUCGAAAAUCCCCGUGGGAGCAAUAUGUACUAUAAUAAAGAGAUACAGAAUGAACUCAAAUGCU